AUGAUAAAGGCGGGCGGGUCAGUGCGCGCGCCUCCCGCCCCGCGCCGCGCUAUCGAUCCUCCCGGUGCAACGCGCUCUUAUGUAACGACGACGCGCUGCAUCUACGCUUGCGUGCAAUCCCAUGUUAACGAAUGUAUAAUACAAUUUAAUGCAACGGCCUUGUCCCGGCGACCGCCCCCGCCCUCAUCACCCUUUCUGUCCUCCCCGCCGACAUCCAUCUCCUGUACCGAAAUACAAUUGACUCUUAACAUUUUACAUUUCGGUCGAUAUCUACAUAUGAGAAUCUAUGAAUGCUAUUUACUUGUUGAAUGUAAUAGUCCUGAUAUAUGUAUUUCUAUGAGAUUGGAGCGUGACGCAUACGGCAAUGAGGUGAACGUGUCGGCGAAGCGACUGCCGGUCGCGUACUUGCUGGUGGACGUGCCGUGCGGCGUGGCGCCCGCCUCGCAGCCGCCCACCUUCGACCCGCGCGCCACUUUCCCGCCCGCGCACCGACCGCUGCAGGCGCACGUACAAUCUCUGCGCGCGCUGCACCGCCACUUGCAACAGUACGACUCCUUCCUGGAGGCGGCCUCCGACUUCCACGUGCUGCUAUACAUGGCCAGCAAUGAGGCCCUGCCGCUGUCGCUCGAGCAGCUGGCGCCGCUUCUGGACGCAGUGCGCGAGCGCGACGCCGCCGCCGCCGACGCGUGGCGCGCCGAGCCGCACGCCGCCACGCUGCUGCGCCUGGCGCGCGCCGCGCACGACGCCGAGCCCGACGGCGGGGCGGGCGGCGCGGACGGUGCGCAGGCGGGGCGGGCGGCGCGGUCGGCGUGUGGACGUGCCCGCUCUGCACCUUCCACAACGCCGCGCCGCUCGACGCCUGCGAGAUGUGCGCCAUGCCCAGGAAUGCGAUGUAAAUAUAUCCAGACACUAGCCAAGUUAACUUUUGUACCGACGCGGCCCGACGUCGGCGCGCGCCUGUCGAAGGGCAAUUUGUUUUCUUUGUGUACUGUACCCGACGGCCGCAGCCCGCCGCCGCCGCCGUGUCAGCCGCCCGCAGCGGCCGGGCCGCUGUUGUUUUUA